AUGGACACAGGAUUCCGAGGUAUCUCCCAUUGCACAAAUUCUUUCGCCACCAUGGCUUCUGAUAAGGAAACCAAGAACAUUGUGAUUAUCGGGGGUGGCAUUAUCGGUUGCACAUCUGCAUACUUUCUCACGAGGCACCCUUCGUACGACCCUAGCAAGCAUAAAAUCACACUAUUAGAAUCAACCAAGAUUGCAGGUGGUGCAUCAGGAAAGGCCGGCGGCCUACUCGCCUUGUGGGCAUAUCCGUCAAGCAUCGUCCCCCUGAGUUACCGGCUCCACAAGCAACUCGCCGAAGAGCACAACGGAGAGCAGCGAUGGGGCUACCGGGCAGUCCACUGUGCGCAGGUCGAGUGUGACGGUCGGGAUGUGCCUGCGGAGACUGCCAAGACGAACGUUGCAGGCAAAGACGAUGUCAUGAGUGGCGACAACAGCGACGUCAAGGAGAAUGUCAGCCUCCAGAAGAGAAGCAAUGAGGCAAUGGCAAAGCUUCGAGCAGCAGGCGUGCCGCCAGAACUAGACUGGGUUCAUCCCGAUGGAAUACGUACUUACGACGAGAUGAGCACACCCACGGACAGCGCCCAGGUCCAUCCCUACCAGUUCACAACAUCCAUGGCGGAGCUCGCCAAAGAGAAAGGUGCAAGCAUCCUCGAGGAUGCGCCGGUGACAAACAUCUCCUAUGCCCCCGACGGCCAGACCGUCACGGGCGUCACCUACACACACGACGGGACCUCGAAGACCGUCCCCGCCACCGACAUCGUCCUCGCCGCCGGCCCCUGGACCCGCUCCCUCUACCCCGACGCCCCGAUCACCGGCCUGCGCGCCCACUCCGUCACCAUCCGACCCAGCCGGCCCGUCAGCGCGUACGCGCUCUUCACGCAGAUCCGGCUCCCGUCGCCCUUCGGCCGCAACCCGGCCCGCGCCGGCCAGAUCGUGACGCCGGAGAUCUACGCGCGGCCGCACGGCGAGGUGUACGCGUGCGGCGACGGCGACCACGACCUCGCGCUGCCCGCGACCACGGCGGAGGUCGCCGUCGACGCGCGGCGCUGCCAGGACGUCGUGGACUUCGUCUCCGCCAUCUCCCCCGAGCUGGCCGCCGGCGAGGUCACGGCCCGCCAGGCCUGCUACCUCCCCAACGUGACCGGCAGCGGCUCGCCGCUGAUCGGGCGCACGCACGUCGCCGGCCUGUGGCUCGCGGCGGGCCACACGUGCUGGGGGAUCCAGAACGGGCCGGCGAGCGGGAAGCUCGUCAGCGAGUUCGUGUUCGAGGGGGAGGCGAGGAGUGCGGAGGUGCAGGGGUUGGACCCGAGAGGAUUUCUAGGAUGA